AAUGGGUUCAUACUAAUUAAAUGCAUAUAUACUAUUACUUGGCUGCAAAAAUUUAUUGGUGUCAACUGCACCCAACGAGUAUAUACUGGCUCUCCAAGCCAUGACAGGAUCUGUGCGUUGGGAGGGGGAUCCGGCCGCUGGGUUGGCGGCGGCCGAAUCCGGGCGUUGGGAGGGCUGCGACGGCGGGAUCCGGGUGCUGGGGUGGCGGCGGCCGGAUUCGAGCGCUGGGCUACGACGGCGGUGACCACGGUGUUCCCGUCGCAGGCUUGCAGCCGUGCUCCAUGGACCUCGUCUCCACGCGGCGUGGCUGGCGCCGUCCUGCUCCUGCUCCGCUUUGUCGCGAGUGUGCUCGCGUACUACCUCGUGUGCCGUGCGUGCACGCUGUUUGUGGACGCCCGGCUUGUGGGGUGGACGCGGUGCUGCGGUCCGGACGCCCGCGCACGAUGCUGUUCGUCUUCGGGUUCCACUGGAUCCGCUCGCUUAUGCAUCCUCUCCGGGGAUCUUGUUUCUUCUGCUGCUUGCAUUGAUUCUGUAGUGCUAUUUGAUGGUCCUGGCGCUGUAUCUAAAAACUGGAGACAUGAUGCUGAAGAUAGUGGGGAUCCUUCAUUACCCGCUUCAGAGGAACAAGGAAGUGCUCCUAGAUAUUGCUUUCAUUGUCAAAAUGGCAAACCUCCACGCUGCCAUCAUUGUUUUGUCUGUAAGUCAUCUUUCCUGAUGACGAUAACUAACCUCUCAACUCACUAUAACUGUUUUGAAAGUUUCAAACUCACCAUUGUACAUUAGCGGUUAUUUUACCAUAGUAAAAUGUUAAUUAGUACUUGGACAAAUAUCUGAAUUAACUCAUCUUUUUGGCACUGCAUCGUUUAUUGACACGGCCCUUGUCUGGGUCUUCUUGUUGCUGUUCAUUGCAAUGAUUCAGAAAGCGAACACUGUCAAGCUAUGCAAAAAUUUCAGUAGUUAUUAGUGGCAAAAAAGUUUCAAACUCACUAUCACUGAAGAGAGAUGAAUUCUGAAGGUUGGAGAUUGUAUAAAGCUUUUGGUUCUUCUGUGCUUAUAUACCUUGGUUUCAAUAUGUUUUACCUAUACCAUGGACAAAAAGAAAUAUUAUCAACCGGUUUAGCUGUUCGCAAGAGUAUAUGUUUAUAAUGUUGAUGCGCUAAAUUUGCUUUUCCAAUGCAAUUUACAACUGCAUGGUUUGCUUAGUAAUGGACAUACUAACGCAGUAACGCCUCACCUCCAGUAUUCAUGAAUAUUUUAUUUGCCAUUCAGAAUUACUUAGUUGCUAACUUUGCAUCCAAAUUAGAUUAAUAUAUUUCUGCUUAUAUGUACUAUUUUUUGUAACAACAUAAUGAAUGUACAUUUUGAUUGCGCAGAGCAUUACCUUAUGUUCAAUAUAUGUAUGAAUGGGUUAGAUGGAAAGAUAUA